AUGCGGUAUGGUUCUUUCCAAGGGGCCUAUGACCAAAUCAAGUCGAGUGCCAAAUUAUUUGCCGACAAUGUUCCAUUAAUCCUUCUGAGAGAUUUCGAUCUCGACGGACAGGACAGCAUGCUGACUGUCCUCUGUGAGAUUGAAGAAAUAUACCAAAAGACUUCUCUUUUGCAGCUACCCACUGGUCUGACGAAUUUCAACUCCCUCCGAGAUUUCAAGGUCCCAGAUGAUGCCAAAGUAGAUUGGCCUAAGAACCAUAAACAGGUGCGGAUCGAUCCUGAAGCGGACCUUGUCCCCUCCUCGGAUGAGUAUGAAGCUCAUGUUCGGAUUGUGCGGGAUCUGGGCGGAACGGGGGGCAUCGACAAGGUUCUAACGAGCACAACAUCGACGUGA